AUGCCUGCAAUCAAUUGGAACCAACAAGUUUGGAAUGUCAAAACCUCACCAAAAAUGCAAAUGUUUAUCUGGAGAUCUUUACAUGGAGCUUUACCUGUAGGAGAACAGCUGGAAAUCAGGAACAUUGUGACAACAACAACCUGCUGCAGAUGCAAUGAACCAGAAUCAAUCCUACACCUCCUUUUCCAUUGUAACUUCGCCCAAAAAGUCUGGAAAUUGGCGCCUUUCCCUCAGGACUUCAUCUCGACGCUGAUAACAUCUCUGAAUGAAGGACUGAAUGCUGUCCGAAACCAAGUUACCCUCCCUCCUGUUGGACUUGACAGGGGAAAACUAUACCCUUGGAUCCUUUGGGCUAUUUGGACAUCCCGAAACCAGAAGAUCUUUGAGAAUAGGAUAUUCACGGUGGAGGAAACUAUCCUUAAAGCUACUUGCGAUGCAAGGGAAUGGAAUUUAGCCCAAAUCCCUGUGAUAGGCAAAACUCGUUUUCUCUCAGGAGUAAAUCGGGCUAAUCACGGUGUGGGGACUAUCGUUUGCUGCACAGACGCAGCUUGGAUGAUGUUUGGUGCAUCCGGAUCUGCAGGACUCGGCUGGAUUUUCACCGCCGACGAAGGGCAAGUCUCUUCUUACUCCUCAGCUCACUCUUUUGUUUCUUCGGCUUUGGUAGCUGAAGCUUUGGCAAUUCGGGAAGCACUCUUCAAAGCAGUGGAAUUAGGAUUCACAUCCCUGAUCCUCCAAUUUGAUUCGCUCAUCCUGAUCAAAGCGAUCAAUUCUCGAUCUCCUCUGUUGGAAACGCAUGGCAUUCUCGCAGACAUCGUUUUGAUCGAAAAGUCGUUUAUUUCCCUUAAGUUUAAUUUUAUCCCUCGCCUAGAUAACACUGUGGCGGACUCUGUAGCCAAACAGGCUCUGUGGGCUUUUCAAAGCCUUUUGGGUUAA